AUGUCAAACCAACAAAAAAAAGUCUAUUCCUCAUCCAAUGGGUUCCCAUACUCACACCAUCCAGGUGGAUCAAUAUUGUCAAGACCUGAUGGUUCGAUCAUAUUGCAGGAUCUUCAUUUAAUUGAAAACAUUGCACAUUUUGACAGAGAGAGAAUACCAGAAAGAGUUGUUCAUGCCAAGGCUGCUGGUUGUAAAUUCGAGUUUGAAUUAACUGAUUCCUUAAGUGAUAUAACAUAUGCUGCUCCAUAUCAAACUGUUGGUUACAAAUGUCCAGGUAUGAUUCGUAUAUCCGUUGUUACCGGAUCUGCUGGGGGUGCUGAUACUGUUAGAGAUCCUAGAGGCUUCUCUUUUAAGUUCUAUACUAAAUGGGGCAUUCAUGAUUGGGUUUUUAACAAUACACCAAUUUUUUUCAUUAGAGAUGGUCUAAAGUUCCCUCAAUUUAUUCAUACUCAAAAGAAGGAUCCACAAACUCAUCUGGAUGCUUCAGAAGAUUCGACUAAUUCGUGGGAUUUUUUUACUCAAAACUUGGAAAGUAUUCACCAACUUGUUUAUCUUUAUGGACCAAGAGGUAUUCCAAAAUCAUGGAGUGAAAUGAACAGUUAUUCUGGCCACACUUUCAAGAUGAUCAAUGAUAAGGGUGAAACAACAUACGUUAAUUUCCACGUCAAGUCUGAUGUUGGCUUUCCAAAUUUAAGCAGUGAGGAAGGUGUUCAAUUGGCAGGAUCUCAUCCAGAUUAUAAUAUUGCUAAGUUAUUCAACAAAUUAAAAAAAGGUGAAAAACCAACUUUUACUUGUUAUAUACAAACUAUGACCCCAAAGCAAGCCGAAGAAUUUAGGUACUCAAUUAACGAUUUGACAAAAGUUUGGCCACAUAAGCAAUUUCCAUUGAGAAAAUUUGGUAAAAUAACUUUAACUGGUAAUCCUGAAAAUUACUUCCAAGAAGUUGAGCAACUAGCUUUCUCUCCAUCAAACACGUGUAUCCCUGGAAUCGAACCAUCUAAUGAUAACGUCCUGCAGACUAGAUUAUUUGCCUACCCUGAUACUCAACGUUACAGAUUAGGGGCUAACUACGAGCAAUUGGAAGCUAAUAGACCAAGAAAUUUGAACGGUGCUGCGGCUAGUGUUUGCCCAUAUGCAUCUUCUAAUUUUCAAAGAGAUGGUAAAGCUACUUAUUUUAACCAAGGUAAUCUGCCUAACUACAUAUCUGGUCAAUCCAAUGCAGAGCUUGAAUAUAAGGCUUUGACUACCGAAGACUUCUGCAAGAAUAAGUACAAGGGUGCUGUAACUGCAGAAGAUCUGGCAAAGUAUAUUGCAGAGCAAGAAAUUGCCCGUAAUGCUCACGAAACUAUUAUUAAUAAUAAAAUCCCAGGUUAUUACUCUGUCAGUGGUAUUUCUCCAUUAGAUCUUGAGCAACCCAGAGAUCUAUAUGAGAGAAUAUAUACAGAACAAGAAAAGAAAGACAUGGUGGCCGCUAUUGUCGGUAGUGCAAGUAACAUUCCAAACUUAAAAUUACAAACUACAGUUUCCCAAUAUUUCGGUUUAGUGAACAGCGACUUGGGUAAAGCUAUUGCAGAUGGCUUAAAUAUCGAAUGGGUUCCCGUUGAUUUAGAAACCUACAUCAAUGAUGUCGUUGGUAGAGCCACUCCAAAAUAA